GAGAGCAGCUUGCUGGCCGAGGGUUGGACACAGCUGCAGGAGCUUGAGGACAAGGCCGAGACCUCACCUGCAAAGGCGUCAGAGGCGUCGCUGAGGAGUGACACGGCGGCAGCAGAGGAGACGACACCUCCGCCUUCAAACAAAGCGUUGGAGUUGCUGGGGGAGUACGAAGACCGCGUCAAGGCCGUGUACGAGCGAUACAAUCCGGAUCGACUAUCU